GCUGGCUUUCCGUACUGGGAGCCCUAACAGCGUGAGAGUUGAAGAGAGCGAGUCUUCCUUCGCCGCCGCCGCCGCGGUCGCCGCCGCCUGUGGAUUGGAACUUCCACGCUCGCGGGAUUCGAAACGUCACAAUGGCUCAGAACGUUCAGAAUGUAACACUUUCUCUCACGCUGCCCAUCACUUGCCACAUUUGCCUGGGAAAGGUCCGUCAUCCGGUCAUCUGUGCCAACAACCAUGUCUUCUGCUCCAUUUGUAUUGAAGUGUGGCUGAAGAACAACAGUCAGUGUCCUGCUUGCAGGAUCCCCAUCACCACUGACAAUCCUUGCAAGGAGGUCUUAGGAGGGACAAGUGAAAGCAACCCUGUGUUCAGCCCGACGGUCAGGAAACAGCUCCGCAAAACGAGGCUGGAGCUAAUGCACAAAGAAUAUGAGGAUGAAAUAGAAUCUCUGCAGAAGGAAGUGGAGGAGCUGAAAGGGAGCAAGCUCAGCCUGGAGGCGAAGCUCAAAUCUGUCCUGCACCCCGAGACGCUAGACGUGUCUGACAAAACCCGGGCAAGUCCAGGACUCUCGGAGGACGAGCACAAGGUGGAUCCAGAGACUUUGGCGGUAUGGACACAGAAGCUUCAGGCGGCUAAUGAUAUGUAUGAAAAGGUGAAGGAGGACAUGGGAGUGCUAACGGAGGUAAAUAAGAAACUGAGGCUUGAAAACAGUGGCCUUGUGAGGGAGAACUUGCGGCUAAAGGCUGAGGUUGGAAGCCGAUCGCCCCAGAAAUUCGGAAGGUUUACCGUCGCCGUGCUGCAGUCCAAGCUGGAACAGUGCGAGCGCGAAACCAACCGCCUGAAGAAAGCUUUGGAAAGAAGCGACGCCUACAUCGAAGACCUGGAAGCUCAGGUCGCUCGGCUGAAGAGGGAAGGCAGCCAACGGAAAAGCACAAGCCCAGAAAGCGACGCCGCAGAUCCCAUGGAGGACAAAGAGAGUGGCAGGAGCGCAGCCAGCGAGAUAGCGCUGCUGGAGAGCCCGGAACAGCCCAUAGACCCGAGCUGCUUGUGCGCUAGCCACAGCCCGGAUGACCUCGAGCAGCCGGCGGGGAGCGGGCUCUUAGGGAGCAGCAAUGACGUGUGCCUAAAUUCAGCCGGCCGGGGCUGUUCGGAUGAGCCUGUUGCCCAGUGCUCAUCCGGCACGGACGUUUUCGCCGGCUCUCAGGAGGGCCUCUUGGAUAUAGGGGGCUCCGAAAUGGACACCUGUUCGGAGCAAACAUGGGAUAAAAUAGAAGACUGUGUGCCGUACAAAGAAGAGCUUUAUGAACUCCCGGAUCCCUGCACGCCUCUGUCUCUUAGUUGCCUGCAGCUGAACACUCCUGGCAACAAAGACGACCCUGCCACAAAAGAGGAGGAUCCCAGAACGACACCCACCUUUCUGAGGAAACUGGAGUUUGAGGAUUUCGGUGAGGCGUCGGAUGACGGGAACAAAGACUCUCCGGAACAUAGCGCCAGCAGUUGCGAGGGCGGCGAGACCAAGGCAGCCUGUUUUGCUUCGGACAAGCCGGUGUUUUGGAACAGGUGCCAGCCUCGCUAUGAUGAGAACUUUGAGGGCCCCGAGCCCAGCGCGGCCCCCGGCGACUCUGGCGAGCCUUCGGCGAAAUCCGGCGACAAAACGCACAACCCGAGCGUCCCGAAAAAGCUGCAUCCUGUCCGCUCUUCGGAAAUGAAUCGAACCAGGACGUCCAGCGAGGCGUCUAUGGAUGCCGCCUACCUUGAUAAAAUCUCCGAGCUGGAUUCGAUGAUGUCCGAGUCGGACAAUAGCAAGAGCCCCUAUUACACUUCCAAGUCGUCUUCUGACCUGGAUAACUCUUGCAAGUCCACGCAGUGUCCUGACCUCCUCAAUGAAAAGGAUAAGACUGUCAAGGAGCGGAAGGAGCAAAACGCUCUAAAAUGUCCUCUUGCAGGUGAUAAUUCGGAAGAGGGGAGCGACUGGAAGUCUGCCACCUUUUCCAUCCUUUCUCCAUCUGCCUUAGAGACGACAGAGCCGUUCCCGUUAUUUGCCAGCCGGACUUCAGAAACGAGUGAAACGAAACCUCGGAGUUUCCUAUUCCAACGAGAGCUUUCCCCAAGCUUUCUGUUUAGCAACUCUCGAGGGUCAUUUGAAGAGCACAAACUUGGGUCCCCUCUCUAUAAGGUGGCGCCCGAGCUGCAGACCCUCCACAACCAACUCCAGUCUCCUUGGUCGUCAUCCUUCAUACCCGACAGAAAAGCCAAAAGUAUCCACGCGUCGGCGAAAAGGAAAAUCCAGAGUAGCCUGUCCAGCGCGAGUCCCUCAAAAACGACCAAGAACUGAUUCCCCUUCUUGACUUUCAGUGGGUUUUUUUGUUUUGUUUUCCUAAACACAAUACUUCAGUGCCAAUGUGAAAAUGUUCGUUCCUUCACCAUUCCUUGCAAAUUCCUUUUGGGUUCUCCAGUGACCUCAGUCUGUCCUACUUUGACACUGAGCGACGGAGUGUGGAAAUCCUUUGGUGCAGGGGUGAGGAUCCUGUGGGCUUCCCAGGUUCAUCCAGACUACAAUUUCCACCAUUCCUGGCAAUCUGCUGGGCUGGUGGGAGUCUGGCAACACCUGUAGACCCACAGUUUCCUUCCCCCUCUGCUUUGGAGUACAUUUUCUUGAAGAAUAAAUCUUCGUAAUGUUUAUCUCUCGAUAGAUGUCUUCAGGUUUAGACACCUCGGGGUUUGUUUUUGCUUCUUUAGCGUUGGGUUAUAGGAGGUCUCUAUCCUGUGAGGAGCUGUUAAAUGCCCAGUUACUGAGCCUUGACAGAUCUUCAAAGCAGUUUCUUGUGGAGACAAAUCAUGAUAUGGGUUUGACACCAGUGGGGUGGCACCGUUGCUUCUUGUUUUCUUCUGCAAAAAUGUGACAGGAGCUAUCAUCACAAAGCCCAGCUUCUCUACGAACCUGGCUUCCACCGCAAAACAUUUGCUUGCUCGCACCUGCAUGAGUCUUUGCUGAAUCUGUAGCUUUGAAUAUGUAGCUGUUAGUCUCUUUCUUUGGCAGUUUUCAUUUGGAAAAAUAAUGUUGUUUUGCUGAAGACACAGAACCCAGUCCUUUUUGCUUCUUUGCUUUCCUUUUUUUUUUUAAUUAAACACUGCUUUCAACUUUCCAAAAUGAGAAAGUGCCACUGUUGUACAAGACCGUGUUGUUUUGUGACUGUGUAGUUCAUAAAAAUGGGUUGGUAUGCUAAUGCCUUGUUUACCAAAUGUGCACUGAGCAUUUUACAUGAAUACUGUACUGUUUUACAUUAAUACUGCAUGCUUUUUUUUCUUUGUGGAAUGAAUAAAAAAAAUGUCACAAGC